AUGGGAUAUCCUGAGAAAACCUCUGGAUUUUCCUUAAUAGCUGUGACUGUUUGGACAAUUCUCGAUCCUCGUCACAGUUACCUGUUAGAUUUGGUACAUUUUUCGGAGGAUGUACCAUUACUUCGUGGUGCCGCGUAUUUGAUGAUAAUAGUUGGUACAUUAACACUUCUGGUGGGAUUUGUCGCUUGCUGUGCUUCAACGCAAAAACUGCGCUGUCCAUUAGUGACGCUAAUACUGUUCUUAUUAAUUAUAUCACCAGCAGAAAUUGUUAUUGGAUCUCUAGCGAUUGCAUACCGUAAAAAGCAGUGA